GCUUCUCCUCCGGCCGGUGUCCAUGAUGGCGGCCGAUUAUCAGUCGAUCGCCGAGGUCUCGCUUCUCUCCUGCGGCUUCGCUCACGCCCGCGCCCUCGCCGCCCGCGUCGUGGGCGUCAUGGCGCACUGCCAGACCAUGCUGCAUCCACACCAUCACUACGACUUCGGCAUGCGAGCCGUGAAGACGGUGCUAGCGGCGACCUCCCGCUUGAGGACCUCCCUGCCGGAGUGGUCGGAGACCGAGGUCGCCUCCGGCCCCGAGGGGGUCAAAGCCCCAAGUGGUCCCGACGAUUUCGAGGGUUCGAGUCCAUCCUCGUGA